AUGAACAGAAAUGUUGCCGAUAGAACCCCGGUAAAUAGAGAAAUCCCAAGGUUGUCCGAGUAUAAUUUCUGUGUCGAUGUAGCAACCAUAGCAGCGGCCGUUAUCCGUAACAGGGAAACAAGACACCCAAGGCCAAUCCAAUCUGACCUAGAGAAGCGGGAUAAAAUCCUUAUUUGCAAAUACCAUCACACUCACGGCCACCGAACUGAAGAUUGUCGGCAGUUGAGAGAGGAGGUUGCCCAUCUGUUUAAUUUGGGACACCUUCGAGAAUUUCUAAGUGAACAAGCAAAAACUCACUUCAAGAACGUGGAUGCCAACAAGCAGGAUAGGCCGGAAGAGCCUCAGCAAGUGAUCCACAUGAUCAUGGGAGGAACGGAUGUCCCCCUAGGGUCGGUAGUGAAACACACCAAAGUUUCCAUAACAAGAGAAAAGCGUAUUCGGAAUUAUGAACCCGCCGACCCCAUCUUAUACAGUGACGAGGACAUGGAAGGCAUCUUUCAGCCUCAUAACGAUGCUCUGGUAAUAUCUGUCCUUGUCAAUAAAUUUAGAAUUAAACGUGUGUUGAUUGAUCGAGGUAGCUCGGCUAAUAUCAUCCGAUGUAGAGUCAUCGAGCAACUAGUACUAGAUCAGAUUGUGCCAGCAAUACGAGUCCUCAACGGAUUCAACAUGGCCUGCGAAACUACGAAGGGUGAGAUCACCCUACCGAUCAACAAGCCCGAAACUACGCAGCAGACCAAAUUUUAUGUGAUAGAAGGAGACAUGGGAUACAACGCAUUAUUAGGAAGACCGUGGAUUCACCUCAUGAAAGCGGUCCCCUCAACUAUGCAUCAGGCGUUGAAAUUCCUGACCUCAGAAGGGAUCAAAACCAUUCAUGGUGAGCAACAGGCCGCAAAGGAAAUGUUCGCAAUCGAAGAAUCUGUUACGACGGCAAUGAUAUCGGAAUGGAACGAAGGGGAAAGUGCCAAAUAA